AUUAGAUGUAUAAUACUCAAAUAUUUUAAAGCAGCACUACUAACCUGUCACUAUUCAAGGUAUGAUUCAUUUCAGGAGUCAAAUGUCUGUGUAGAUCCUUUUAUUAAUUUACUUGAUAAGCUGAAAGUAGAUAGAUAUUCCUGAUACUUUAAAGUAACACAGCCUCUUCGUUUUGGGGACUAGUGUAGAAGAAUUACUUUUUUUUGCCAUCUUGAAACUCAAAGUCAUGUGCAUUUUUUUAUGACUUUUGUGUUUUCCCUCCUUCCCUAGUGUUUCUACUCAUGAGGUCUGUACUCUUUUUCAAAAAUGAACUUAUGAAGGAAAUAAGAAAGAAUAUUUUUAAAAUUAAAGUUCCUCAUAACUAAAGGAAAGUGGAGGGUAAACACCCUUGAGUAGUCCGUAUUUAUUUGUUUGUUUCAUAUCUAGAAGAGAUAACUGUUUUUCUCUUUUCACUUUACACAGUUACCAGAUUUAAUGCAUCCAGCUGACUCCAUAUAGAUUAAUGUCAUCUUAAAGACUAAUCUGUUCUGUUUCUCAACUAUAGGAUUCUGUUAAUGCUUUUCUGUGUCCAAAAUAAUUUUUAACUUGUUUUGGUUGAAAAUAUUUGUGCCAGAUCCAUAAAAAACAUCCUUUAAAAAUGGUCAUUUAAUUAUUUUCUCAUGGAUAUUUGUGUAAUGGAAGUUACUUUAGCACCUGCACUGUCUUUUUAACAGGGUAACUGCAGAAUUGCACCCUCUGUGGGAUAUAAUUUAAACAUUAUGUAUACUGGACAUUUCAUAUCCCUGAUUCUGCUGGGCUGGCUCCUAAGGACCCAGUCUCUGGAUUGGUACUAUAAUAAUGUCAAAAGCCGCUUUAAGUGUUUUGGAAGUGCCAAGGUCCUGAAGAACUUGUACAAGAAGCAUAGACUGGAGAGUGGACUUUGUCCUGAUGCAAUAGCAGAGGGAAGUUUGUAUGAAGGAAGCUUUGAGAAUGAAGGAAGCAUUUGUGGCAGUGACUCUACCUUCUACCAACAGACGGAAGGACACAGCAUGAUGGAUACCCUUGCUGUGGCCUUACGUGUUGCAGAGGAAGCAGUGGAAGAAGCUAUUUCCAAGGCAGAGACCUACAGUGACAGCCUGGACAAGCAGAAUGAAGCUUGUUACUUGCAGGAGCACAAGGAGGACCUCAUAGAAGAGCUGGCCACAACCAUUGUGCAGAAGAUUAUAAAGAAGCAGAAAAGCAAACCCGAGCAGGGGGAGGCCGACUUGGAAUGGCCGCCGUCGCGGAGCAGCGGCCUGGCAUCCGGCGCUGUCUCGGACCAGAGCAUGCUGACAUUCCCAGGGAGCCGCAGGGGAUCCUACACCUUGUGGAGGUCUCAGUCUGCAUUCUCCCUGGCUAGUGAAGAUAUGGCCAGUAAAGGACAAGACCCUGCAUCAUCUGUGGCCGAGGCUCUUGGGAGGCAGCAAAAGGGACAGUCCAGGAAGCAGAAGGAACGCAAGCUCUCUGCUUUACCCAGCUGGAAGAGUGUAGACAGGCUAAAUGAAACAAGUGACCAAGCGCUGGAACAGGUUGCCCAGAGAUGCUGUGGAGUCCCCUUCACUGAAGAUAUUCAAGAACCUGGAUGCAAUCCUGUGCCGUGUGCAGGUCCACCUUCUGUUUUCCAAAGCACCGAUGGAAACUGGGUGGCUUUGCAGAACGUCACUCUGCCUCGUCCUCGAAUGCUCGCCAAACCAAAGAGUCAGGUGUUCAAAGCUCUGGAGAGCGAGUCCAGCAUUGUGUCUGCCUAUGACGAGAUGGGCUCAGAUAGCGAGGAUGACUAUGACUGGAACGUGGCCUUGAACAAGCUGCGGCGGAGACCUCGACAAUUGCCAGAUGACUUCUAUUAUUCCAGUUCCCAGUAUGGCACCGAGUGGGUUUAUGGCAAUGAUCAGUACCAGGCAGUGACCUCUCCCUCCUCUGGGUUAUACACCAAUACUGAGACACUGUUCUCCGAUUCGGAAACGUCUUCAGUAAACUCUUCCCAGGAAGCUAAAGUACCUAACAAACUUCUCUGGUUGCAAAGCAGAACUCAAAGUGAUAUGCCCAGAAUGGAAAAGAAGCACUUCCAUGGAGAACUAGAUGUAAAUUUUAAUCCACAGGCAACUAGCUUGGAGUAUUCAGACAGCAGUGAGACUGAAGGAGUCCAUUAUGAUUUAGAAAAGAGAUCAAGAAGGUGGAAGAAGAACAAAGCUAUCUCUGAAGACUUAUGUGAAGAAAAGAAUCAGGCAAAAGCCAACAAGAUGAAUUUAAGUCAGGAUUUUGAUGAUAUAUCAGAAACAGAUAUAAGCCAUGAGGAUCAGCACCAUGAUGUCAAGCCUGAACUUAUGGAGGAUGAGCUUAAAUCCAGGUUAUUUCAGCUUGCUGCUAAAAUGAGUGACAAGGAAACAUCAUCUGGUGAAGAACAAGAGUCAGAACCUGGAACAGAUCUGGAAAACCAGAAAGAGAGUUUGUCCUCAGAGGAAAAUGGCAGAAGUAUUCAGGAAGAGUUAAAGAAGGAAAAACAAAAGGCUUUUGAUCUUCAUUUAAAGCUGCAGUUUUUAUCCACUGUAUUGCAGCAGAAGUACUCUGCUGUCUCUCUCUGCAACAUAUCUACAGAAGUCCUGAAAGUCAUCAACGCCACUGAAGAACUGAUAGCAGAAUCCACUGAUCCCUGCAACUUCCCAGAUGACAUUCAGGACAGAGGAAGAGGAACCCUCCCACUGGGCACAGAUCCUGUCAGACUUGAUGAGCAGCUCACCACACUGGAAGAAAAUGUGUACCUGACAGCCAGCACGGUGUAUGGGCUGGAGGGGCAGCUGACCAACCUGGAAGAUGCCGCACGCAAGAUCAACAGUGUUACUGAGGAAUCUGAGCUGGCUGAUCUGGAGGACCAGGUGGCCACAGCAGCUGCCCAGGUUCAUCAUGCAGAGCUUCAGAUUUCAGAUAUUGAGAGCAGAAUAUCAGCUCUCACUGUUGCAGGCUUGAACGUGGCUCCCUGUGUUCGCCUGACAAGGAAACGGGAUCAAAAGCAAACAAACCAGAUGCAUACAAUAGACACAUCAAGACAGCAGAGGAGAAAACUUCCAGCUCCACCAAUAAAAGGUGAAAAAAUAGAUGGCUCUCCAGUUACCACUGUCAGAACGUUUAACAGAAACUUCAUGCUCCAAGGAUCUCUAACACAAAGAACUAAAGAAAGGAAAAGCACUGCCAAGGACUUAAUGGAACCUGCUAUAGGAUCUGCUGUGAUGUACUAAACUUACUCUUCCCUACUGCCAAUAACACACUGCCUAAGGCUGUACACUAGAGUGCCUUUUCUUAACAGCCAUUGUGUAUGUCCAGCUGAAAAUGGACCCUCAAGAACCCACAGAGCCUCACUUAUAGGGCUUCAUUUGGAUACCUCACAGAGAAAGCUGUCCAAGUCUUCAGCAUUGUGGUCCGCUACAGGAAACUCUGCCUUAAAGUUCUCAGAGGACUCUAGACAGGAUGCUGUGUUUCAAAAGCAAGGCUCCACAUUUUAAGAUGCACUUUUUCUCCCUAUCAAUUGUACUAAAGUAUGUAGUCUUUAAAAUGCAGUAUGUUUUUGUACACUCAAUCAGUUAUAAUUAUAGGCCAAUUAAUCUGCCAAAGCAGACCUGUGAUCCAUAUCUGCUGGCCUCUUACUAUUCAUGUGGGCAUCUGUCUUGUCGAGCAAUAAGAACAACUUUAUGCAGUGUGUGCUGCUUUUCAGCUGCUUGGAGGGAGAAGAGAAUUUGUGUACCUCGCUCUGCUCCCAGGGAGUCAGUGGAAGCCUUGGGAGGGUUGGUAGCAGGAAGAAGACUUCUCUAUUCCCUGAGAGUGCAUCUCGCAGAUUGAAUGUUCCAGCUCCAGAGCUAGGGAUAUUGCUCUAGGCAGCUGGGGUGUCAUGCUGAACCAGAAACUGGUGGCCACACACGUGGACUAGAUGUCACCCGAGUUGCAGUCCCAGUGUCUGGAAACAUCUGAACGCUGUUAAAGAAACCAACACCUUCAUAUGUCUUGUUCUAGGCAGCACUGUCCACUUGGUGGGGGCCGACCAUGCUGUAGUUCAGAAUAAAUUGUGUCCAGACCUUUAAGAUUGGAAAAAGGAGGUGAAAGUGUUGGGGAUGAGGUCUCUGCUGACUGACUAGUGGUUGUGGGGUGGCUGCAGCUUGCAAGAGAUUCCUUUCUGGCAUUCACUAGUGUUUCUGAGAAGGAGGCAAAUGUAGCCCAGACAUCCCUUCCUAUACUAGUCUGGAGCCACCAGAGAGUAGCUGGGGCCUGUUGCUGGUGCCACAUGCACCCCACUACUACUGGACCACUCUGAAUUGGAUUGUGAAUAGUAAUAUUCUUUCUUUCAUUUCUUGAGACCCUUAACAGGUGAGUCAAACUAGAAGGCCCUUUGGCAGAUGCCCAGAAGGGAGGAUGCUGCUUACAGGGUGUCCCUCGCACCCUUUUGUGGGAGAACAUUGCCAAUUUGUGGGUUUUUUUGCUCUGAAGAAUACAAAGAAGGUAGUCAGAGGAGGUGAUAAGCCAAUGAAUCCCUUACCUUCCACACCACUUGCAGAGCAGGUACCCAAGUGCAGAUGGGGUUGAUGUGAAAUGUGCUAUGAAGGAAGGCAUGGGCUGGCAAGUUCUCCUCAGCAUUAAGGAGUGGUGAACUCUCCCAAGAGCUGUGGGUACCAGGAAGGAGGAGAGUUCCUUCAUUCCCUGGGCUCCCAGUGAACACCCAUGAGCAGAGUGCCACAUGUUACCUGCCAUGCAGCAGGAAAGCAGUUCCCUGGGACACCAGGCCAUGAAAUGUCUGUGGCUGGGCAAAUAAACAAAUUUCCUGACUGCACUGGAUUUAGGGGGGCAAGUCGGAGAGACAGGGAAUGACUGGAUGGGUUAAUUGGAAAGACAGUGCCAGUUGCAAAUCUGCCAUCUACAUUUGACAUCUAGCUUGUCAGUACUCUGAUGUUUAGCUGCAUGUGAGGAAUCCUUGGAAUAAAUACAAUCACCUUCCCACUUACAAUACCUAAGUGUGACUCCAUUCCUUCAAGGAAUUUUCAUCUGCCCAAGAUCGGACCCAAUGUCUUCAUUCUGGGUGAAAUUAGGCCUUCUUUUACUCUCACACAAUACUAGUUCUCUGAAAUUGGUUUGCACAGAUGGGAGGGAUAAAUUUGGCCCACUCUGUUUAAUAUAUAAAUAUAUAUAUAAAACAAAUAGAUUUUAUUUAUAUAUGCAAUCCAGUAAAGGAAAUUAAACAGAGUAGGAUGCCUAGUAAUUUUUUUAUUUUUCAGUCUCCUCCUCCAUUGACUGUUCUUGUGUAUGUGUACAAUACAUUCCCAGGUUCUGGUUUAUGCAGAUAUGCGUGUUAUGAAAUGUCAUUAAUGGUGGUUGGUCUGCAUAUUCGUCUAAUAAAUAAUAACUAAUAUUGUGUGUGUAAUAUCAAUACAGAAAUUACUAAUUUCAAUAGAAUUACUCUGGCUUUUGUUCUGUUAGUGUGAUUUAAACAAGCCAACAAAGUUUGGAGUAGGUUGUUUUCCUUAAGAGGCAUGAAAAGCAACUAUUAUCGUGUUACAAUGUUAAAAUAUUCAGUCUUCUUUGACAGACAAAUGUGUACUGUGUAGGCAUUGCAAAAAAAAAAAAAAAAAACCCUUAAAAAAAAUCCCACCUGCUCUAAGCAUUUGAAUUUUUACAAAUGUUUAUCGUGCCAAAUACGUGCAAAGAUAUAAUUUACCGUUUAAAAAAAAAUCAUAAAAGCAUAUGUUACAGCACACAAAGAAUUAUUUUGUCAUCAGGUGAUUUCAAUCUUUAGUGUUAAUAUUUAUAUUUAGAUUAAUUUUUAUAAAUGAAAAUAUUUUAAUGGGUAAAAUGAAGACUAUAUGACCUAUUUGAUUAAGUCUGAGUGAAUAUUAAGCUUGCCUUGUUGUUAUCUGCAUACUCACCAAGAAUUAUUGUCAAGAGAAAUUAUAAAAGAGUAAAAGCGAUAUAUGAAAAUAA